AUGAAUGAAACGGCCAAGCCUUCGGUGUUCAUCAUCGACGGCAACGUUGUCGGCACGUCUACGGCCUACCACUUAGCCCAAUGGGUUGUCACGGUGCUGAAGGGCCUUCAGAGCACGCUGGAGUGGAGGAGCCCCCCCCCCCCCCCCCCACCCGCUUCGCUCUUCGCAAGUAUGUACCGCGAGAGCGGGUGGCUCAUGGCAGGUCACAGCCUGGCGAGGUCGCAGCUCGACAGCACGUUCGAAACGGUCACCGGGGCCAGCCGGAAAGCUGUCUGGGUCCCCAACGGCUGGGGAGAUGAGAAACAGGGGCUGGACUAA